CACAAAAAAACAGCUGUUUCUUGGUUGUAGGUUAUGUAAAAAAUUACCAAGAAAAGCAAGUUUGUGAAAUAGAAAUUGUUAACAAAUAAAUUAUUUAAUUAAAAAUGGUAUCACCGACACUUCCCUUGCUUGUAAGGACACGGGGGCCUGACGAAUUUUGGCGCAAAAGAAAAAUCUUUAAAUUGGCAGCGCAUUAUCGUGGCCGCCGUCGCAAUGUUUACUCCAUUACCAUACGUAAUGUCCACCGGGCACUGGUUUAUGCCACCAAAGGUCGUAAAUUGAAAAAAUUGGAUAUGAAAGAGUUGUGGGAUACCAGGCUGCAAGCUGGUUGUGAACAGUAUGGCAUAUCUAUUGAUACAUUUAAGGAUUGCUUGGCCAGAAAUAAUAUUUUAUUGAAUAGGAAAGUGUUAUCUGAUUUAGCCAUAUGGGAACCAAGAUCAUUUGAAGCAUUAGUCAACUUAUCCCGUGAAAGAGCUGUGGUCGAAACCCUGCCCGGCCUUAAUGAACGUUCUGUCAUGAAUCAAGUCUAUGGCUUAGCCAAUUUGAAAAUAAAAUAAAUUUUAAUUUUAUAGUAUAUAUUAGCCCUAGCAUAAGUUGUUGAAUAAACAUAUAAAUAAAAAGAA